CUCAAAAUGGCCAACCAGAACAAAUGCUACCACGAUGAGAUCAUGAGCUUCUUUUACAACAACAGCAACCAGGCCAAAGACGACUGGAACUCAACACAGCUCAUUCUGGUCCAAGUCGUAGGCUCCCUCUUCUGCUGCUUCAUCCUGAUGUCCAAUGCCAUGGUCAUCGCCUCCGUCAUCAUCAACAAGAGGUUGCACUACCCAUUCUACUAUCUCCUCUCCAACCUGGCCGCUUCGGACUUCCUUGCUGGGAUAGCUUACGUGUACCUCAUGUUCAAUACUGGCCAGGUGUCCAGGAAGUUAACUGUGAGGGGCUAUUUCAUUCGUCAAGGGCUUCUGGACACCAGUCUCUCGGCCUCUCUGGCGAACUUACUAGUCAUCGCCCUGGAGCGUUACAUCUCUGUGAUGAACUGGAAGGUCCACAGCAACCUGACCAAGCGGCGGGUGACCCUUCUCAUCAUGCUGGUGUGGGCUAUUUCCAUCUUCAUGGGUGCCGUGCCCAGCCUAGGCUGGAACUGCAUCUGCAACCUUCAGGGCUGCUCCCAGCUGGCGCCCAUCUUCAGCCGGAGCUACCUAAUCUUCUGGUCUGUGUCUAACCUGGUGGUGUUCCUGGUCAUGGUGUCCAUCUACCUGCGGAUUUACACCUACGUCAAGAGGAAGACGGCGGUGCUCAGCCCGCACACCAGCGGCUCCAUUAACCACAAGCAGAUGCCCAUCAAACUCAUCAAGACGGUCAUGACCGUGUUAGGGGUGUUUGUGAUCUGCUGGACGCCGGGCCUGGUGGUGCUGCUGCUCGACGGCCUCCAGUGCCAGCAGUGCAAGGUGAUGCUAUUCAAGCGCUGGCUACUCCUGUUGGCCGUGCUCAACUCGGUCAUGAACCCCAUCAUUUACUCCUACAAUGACAAGGAGAUGUGGACCACGUUCAAAAACCUGCUGCGCUGCAUGGGCAGUUGCACCCGUCGCCAGCGCUCAUCCAAGGCCAACGCCCGGCCACUCAGCUCCGGCCAGGAAGCGGGCACCACGCCGCAGACCUCUGGGGAGAAGGACACCACCAAGGGGUCAUAUGCACAGGGGAGAUUUAAAACCUGAACCAUGACCUGAGGCAAGCAUGGCCAUUGUGAGGGCACCUCUACAAGUGGAUGUAGAGAGACAUAUAAAGACACAGAUGGGUCUUCUAUGGUCCAAUGUUGUCUUCAGGGUAGCUUAAAGGGCCACUUGAACUGGAUCUGGCCUCAGUGGAGGAUUCCUAGAGGUGUGAAGGGCUAUCGCUACCUUGCAAUGCUAGAAGAACCACAAAAUGGGAUAUUAGCCUGCAAACUGAGGGGGGACUACAGUAGAUCCAAAUGGCUACACUUUUUACCUCUUGAAAAUAGUUACUAAUGCCUUUUUCCACCAUAUAACUUUAUUAAAAGUCUCAUGGAUGUUUUGAUCAGGGUUGCACUUGAUGUACUGUACUUGAUGAAAUUGCCUCAUAUUCCUAAUGCAUUAUUGUUGUACUAUACUGCCCUACAAAGGCAAAACGCAGUAACUACAUAAUUUUCUUUACUGCCAAAUCUGACUUGAAAGUAUUUUUCUGUCUAGACAGACAGCAAUGUCUGAUACUCUAUGAUAUAUUUUGAUCAACUGGCUUGUUCUUGUGUCAGGAAACUAAAUACCACAUUAAUCAGAGAAUAUACCUGGCCAUUAAAACAGAUCAAAGAUGUUUGACCAAAUUUGUAGUUAAUGCGUUUUGCCUUUGCAGGGCAGUAUAGUACUAGGCUUAUUGGGGUUAGAGAUUUUUUUAAGUGUCAUAAUUUUUUUUUAAGUGUCAUUGUUCCUCGUUUUAUUAUAUACACAGGAAAUCAUAAGCUACUAUAUUUGUCUGCUAACAUACAAGUUGUUCCACCAAUUAGGUGCCCUUUGACUGCUGUAAC